AAUGGCAGUAUUCCAUCUGUCUGUCCACUGCGUUGCAUUACGGUAUCGGGACUCUUGUUUGUGCCGGUGGUAUUUGUUAGAAUAUUUUCCAGAGUGGUGGAUGGUGUGUUGGUUUCUUCAGCAAAAUGCGGCAUUUCCUAAGUCUUUGUGCUUUGUUGGCAAUCUCUGCAGUUAAUGCAGAAGUUUAUUUUGAAGAGAAAUUCUUGGACGAUUCCUGGGAAAAUAAUUGGGUGUACUCUGAGCAUCCAGGAAAAGAAUUCGGCAAAUUUGUUCUCUCCCACGGAAAAUUCUUUAACGACGCAGAAAAUGAUAAAGGUAUACAGACAUCACAAGAUGCUAGAUUUUAUGCAUUAUCCACAAAGUUCAAACCAUUUAGCAAUAAGGAAAAGCCCUUAGUUAUCCAGUUCUCGGUGAAGCACGAGCAGAAUAUCGACUGUGGCGGAGGGUACGCAAAAAUCUUUGACUGCAAGCUGGAUCCAAAAGACAUGCACGGAGAAACGCCAUAUGAAAUUAUGUUUGGCCCUGACAUUUGUGGGCCAGGAACAAAGAAAGUCCAUGCCAUAUUUAGUUACAAGGGCAAGAAUCUCCUUAUUAACAAAGAUAUUCGCUGUAAAGAUGAUGUUUUCACGCAUCUGUACACCCUUGUCGUGAAGCCAGACAACACAUAUGAGGUUCUGAUUGAUAACGAGAAGGUAGAAUCAGGGGAGUUGGAAGCUGACUGGAACUUCCUUCCCGCAAAGAAAAUAAAAGAUCCUGAGGCUAAGAAACCCAGUGACUGGGAUGACAAGGCAACUAUCGAUGAUCCAGAUGACAAGAAGCCGGAAGACUGGGAUAAGCCAGAGCAUAUUCCGGACCCGGAUGCCAGUAAACCUGAGGAUUGGGAUGAUGAGAUGGAUGGUGAAUGGGAGCCACCGAUGAUCGAUAAUCCAGAGUACAAGGGAGAAUGGAAACCAAAACAGAUUGACAAUCCCAAUUACAAGGUACUGAAAUGUCAUUAGGAAUAUUUAAUUUACGUGUACCUAGCU